AUAGUUCAGCGGUGUAUGUAAUAAUGUCGGCGUAGAGUGAACGGUUUGUGUUUGAAUAUAUAUCGUGGUUCAUCUAGUACCGUGGACGGAAAGUUAUGAGUGAAUGAUGCCCUAAUAAUUCUGAAAUAUUCGAACAGAACUGUAAAUAGUAUCGUCUUAUCGGCCGUAUUGUUAAUAAUUAAUUCCGGACGUAUUACUUGUGCGUGUUUCAAAAACCUUUGUUGUGGUUGUCGGUCAUCAAUUUUGUUAGUUUAUUAUUACGAUUUUGGUUAUUUCACCUGUGGAGUAUAUGCUCGACGCUAUCAGUAAAUAUGUGCGGUAAACUUUGAUACAUUUCAUGAGUGUUUUAAUUUAUGAAUUAGCAAUUAUUCUCCUGUAGUGCUGUCAAAAUUCGAGCCUGCCAUUGUUUGGUAGUCCUCAACUGUCAGUUGUAAAAACCACGAAAAUAAUUGGAUAUUACAUUUUUUGCUACCUAACUUUCAUUACCGGUACUUCUUGUGUUGAUAUAAACUAAAUGAAGUGGUUAGCAGGGGAGCCAAGCGGAAUGCUAAAUCAUACAAAUGGACAUGUGCCAUCACAGCAGAUUAUGAGACAACAGCCGGGUCAGGAGCACCUGGUGUUCAUGAGCGGCCACCUGGCCGCGCAGGUCGCCCCGUCGCCCAUGGCAAUCCAGCACCAGAUGCAGAGGAACGGGCAGAUAGCACCAUCUGCAAAGAAACUAUGGGGUGUAGAAGAACAAAAGAACGACACGAAAGAGAUACUGAACCUGAACGACCAGAUGUGGCCGAGAAACCCGACGUGGAGCACCUCAGAUCACACAGUCUCGCAGCCUAUCAGCAUGGUGGCACGAAGGCCUGGGAGUUUCCCUGGAGGCGAAGCAGCCAACAUACUGUCGCCACGUUCUUCCGAAACAGGGGGGCUCGGUGUCAAGAUGGUGGAGUACGUCCUGGGCUCCUCGCCCACCAGCAAGGAACUCGAGCCGAGGAUGAGAGGCCUGGUGCUGAAUGCAAGUGAUUGCGACAAAGAAGGGAAAGAGAAGGCGCCAUCUCCAUUCGAAGCAGGGGCUGGCAGCAAAAAAGAUGAUGUCGGCCAAACAGGACAGCAAAACGGCAUUGUGCAGAAUGGCCUCGGGGACGACGAUAAAGGUUUCAACCGGACGCCGGGCAGCCGCCAGCCGUCGCCGGCGGAGGAGGACCCGGCCAAGGGGGGCGGCAAGGGGCCGGAGGGGGGCGUGGACCCCCACCACGUGCACCAGCACCUGGUGGCGCUGCAGCCCCAGCACCCGCCCCUCAGCCUGGACUCGGUGGGCUUCGAGCACGUCAUGGCCCUGGAGGCCCAGGGCCAGUUCGACCACUACGCCCCGCAGCAGCAGCAGCAGCAGCAGCAGCAGCAGCAGCAGCAGCAGCAGCAGCAGCAGGACUCCCCGGGGGUGCUGCCCCACUCCUUCGAUGUGCAGCAACUUUUUCGCAGCCAGCAACAGGCAACGCAGCUCCUGCAGCAACAACAGUAUUUGGCCACUCAGCAGCAGCAACAGUUGGGGUUGGCUGCUGCCCCUGCAGCCUUCACAAGUGCCCCGUAUGUCAUCAAUGCCCAGGAGCCUUACCUUGUGGCAGGGCCCACGGUCAUCCCCCAGUACUACGGGAUGGCCCCGUGGGGCAUGUACCCCGCCAACAUCAUCCAGCAAGGAGCGGCGGCCCAGCAGAGGAGACCACUCACUCCGUCCUCGGCCAGCGACAUCUCCAGCAGCACCCAGAACCUCACGCAGGGGCAGUACCAGGUGAUCCCGGCGUACUACGACCAGAACGGGUCGAUCGUGAUGGGCAACGUGCGAGGCAUCGGGAACGGCACGCCCAUGCGGCUGGUGUCCCCGGCGCCGGUCAUAGUGAACGCAGGGACGCCGGCCAGCAACAUGCGGCUGCUGGGCGGCCAGACACAGCAGAUAGGCACGCCGCCCGCUGCCUCCCUGUACAACGCCACGCCCCAGCAGUCCCUGUACAGCUCCUCCGCGGCCGGCGGCUCCGCCAUCAGUGGCUUGCAGACUGGGUCAGGCGUGGGUGGUGGUUUCCCGUCUCUCGCCACCACGCUGGGCUACGGCAACACCAGCCUCGGCACUAUAGGCUCCCCGGCGCUGGGAUCCCUGGCUUCAGAUGGCGUAGAAAAUAUUGGUGGUGUUUUUGUAGGAUUGGGGCUGGGCAACACUAACUCCGGCAGACGGGAUUCGUUUGACAGAAACACGUCAGCGUUCUCACCCUCGCUGGACUACAGCCGAGGGAAGUGGCCUCAGAGCUAUGGAACUCUAGGCACCGUGGUGACCUCGUCGCAGAGCCCCCUGGGCCUGCCCUCGGCCUCCCUCACCCCUCCGCCGGCGCUCAGCUCCAACCUGCAGCUGGGCACGCUCAUGACCGGGGCGAGUGCCAGGAGCGUGCUGUCGGCCGCGCCCGGCGCCGAGGCCGCCAAGUUCCGCAACGGCGGCGUGGGCCUGCCCUCCAACGCCAUGUUCGGCUCCUGCAGCUCCAUAUUCUCCAAGAUCAGCAGCGGUGCCACCCGAGCGGCCAGCGCGGGCGCCGGCCUCGACAAGCCGGCGGGCCGCAGUCGCCUUCUCGAGGACUUCCGGAAUAACCGCUUCCCGAGUCUGCAACUUCGUGACCUGGCCAAUCACAUAGUUGAAUUCUCGCAAGACCAGCAUGGUUCUCGAUUCAUCCAACAGAAGUUGGAGCGUGCAAAUGCUACGGAAAAGCAAAUGGUGUUCCAGGAAAUCCUUUCUGCUGCUUACAAUCUCAUGACUGAUGUUUUUGGGAACUAUGUUAUCCAGAAGUUUUUUGAGUUUGGCAGUCAUGAACAAAAAUCUACACUUGCACAGAAGGUGCGGGGCCACGUGCUGCCGCUGGCGCUGCAGAUGUACGGCUGCCGCGUCAUCCAGAAGGCGCUGGAGUCCAUCUCGCCGGAGCAGCAGCAGGAGAUCGUGCGCGAGCUGGACGGACACGUGCUCAAGUGCGUCAAGGACCAGAACGGCAACCACGUGGUGCAGAAGUGCAUCGAGUGCGUCGACCCGCACGCCCUGCAGUUCGUCAUCAACGCCUUUCAGGGCCAGGUGUUCUGCCUGGCGACGCACCCGUACGGCUGCAGGGUGAUCCAGCGCAUCCUGGAGCACUGCACGGCGGAGCAGACGGCGCCCGUGCUGCAGGAGCUGCACCAGCACACGGAGCAGCUCAUUCAGGACCAGUACGGCAACUACGUCAUACAGCACGUGCUGGAACAUGGCAAACCAGAGGAUAAAUCUCAGAUCAUCAUGUGUGUUCGUGGCAAAGUGCUGGUACUGUCCCAACACAAGUUUGCUUCAAACGUGGUGGAAAAGUGUGUGACGCAUGCCUCUCGCACCGAGCGAUCCCACCUUAUCGACGAGGUCUGCAACUUCAACGAAAAUGCCUUGCAUGUGAUGAUGAAGGAUCAGUACGCGAACUACGUGGUCCAGAAGAUGAUCGACGUGUCGGAGAACAACCAGCGCAAGAUCCUGAUGCACAAGAUCAGGCCACACCUGGUGUCGCUGCGCAAGUACACGUACGGCAAGCACAUAAUCGCGAAGCUGGAGAAGUUCUUCAUGAAGGCCCUGAACAACGCAGGCGCCGGGUCGGAGCUAGGCCCCAUCGGCCCGCCCAACGCCGGCCUCUAGGCGCGACGCUGCCGUUCCGUUAGGUUCAUUUUAUAACCAUAACAGUUUUCUUUUACUUUAAAUUUUUGCAAUUGUAAAUAAAUACAAGGGAAAACAAUUUUUUCUCCAUAUUUUUAUAAAGCACUUAAUUUUCAUGGUUUUAUUAUUAGGUAGAUGACUUGAUGUUCCAGCAUUGUAAGUUGAUACAAUGUUGAAGAGAAACAUUAUGGAAUUUUCUUUUUAUUUGUGAUUUAUUCAGCAUUUGUGUGGUUAGAUAAGUAUUAGUGAAAAUGUUUGCACAUACUAUAUUUGGAAAUGUGUUUUAUUGGCUGACAAUGUGUUGCACCAGAAAUCAGCACAGCAUUGCAUUUUUAGAGUUGUAACCUUAAAAUGUGUGGGAUUGAAAGUUGUGAUUUCUGGAGGAUUACAUUUUGAAUAGGUGAAACUGGGGCUUUAGAAGUUUGGAAGGUUUUUAUCAUUGUUAUGUUGGGUCUCUUGUCUCCUUUUAUUUGAAACAAACCAUCAAAUUGUGAUAACCCCCUCAGGUAAUAGUUGCUAAGGCAUAUUGUUAACAAAUUCUGUGGCCAUGCAAGUAUGUAAAAAGGGAAUUUUUUUCUCCUUCACAGACCACAAUAAUUCACUUGUCAUUAAAAGUAACAGUUUAUCGAUAAUUGUUUGGUUAUUUAUUGAAGUUAAACGAAUCUAAACGUAUUUUCUGGCAAUAUAGAAUGUCAAGGUCUUUUUAUAAAAUAAAUGAAAUAAAAGCUCUUUCUUGCUGAUGAGAAUCAAUAUUUGAGAUACCUGUUGUACAAAAAUCAUUUGCGAUCGAAGUUGUACAGUUUUUAAAUAUUAUGUAUAACAGUAUCUAACUUGAAAAUAAUCAGGGUUAAAGUUACGUUGCAUAGUGUUUUCUGAUGGACCUUUUUGGAGUUUGUGUGUUGUACACUUGAUGUGCUGUAAUUCUGCUUCGGGCAACUGGAAAUGGUUUGUUUCAUCUUUAUGGACCAAACAAACGUACAUUUUCCUAUUAGCUGUCUUGCUGAAGUCCACACUUGCUUUUACACCUGCACCUGUACAUAAGUGUUGUAGACAUACUGUAGUUGACAGAUCUGAAGGCAGUGGCACUUGUGAGUUUCUUUUGUUGUGGAUGUGUUGCUUGUUGUGUGCUAAAACACUCGUCAUUUGUGUCGGAGCGGUUCGGCCUGAACUGCCUCACUUGUAAGUCUGUAGGUGCAGCAAGUGUGAUGCAUAUGUAGCUUGUCACGCCAUUCAGAAGGGGGUGUAACUGACAACAUGCCACCUUGUCAGGUUGGUAAUAGAUGCUUAGUCUCUGUAUUUGUCCCAUAUGCUGAGUGUUUUUAACCAGUAAUGAACUUGUAAGCUGUAAGCGUGUGCUAGGUUUGUCUUUAGAUGUAGCUGUGGUUGGGGGAGCAGUCCAUGUCUUGCUUCGAGCGUAAUCAUGCUUCCAUUGUACAGAGAGAUUUUUAAAUGACGUUUUUGUAAAAAUGUGUUCAAAAAAUUCCCGGCUUGUAAAAUAUGUCUCGAAAGGAAUCCAUACUGUACAUUAAUGUUGAAAUGUAUUUAUUUUGUUGAAUUUUGUACAUUUUUGGUCUGAACCAGAUGUUUUGUUCAUAUUUUAUAUGAUUAUCUACUUAAAUAAACUUAAGUGUUCAUAGUGUCUGCUUCUUGUGGGUGCAUGUAUAUAAAUAGCAUAUUUUGAUACCCAGAAUUUAUUAAUCUGCUUUGUAUUUCGAUUGCAGUUUUGUGUACAUUGAGAUGAAAAUACAAUACAGAUGUUUGUGAACGAUUGUAUUUAAUUUUGGAGCAGGAUGUGGAUUGCCCUUUCCCAACCUGUAAUUUUUUACUAAUCUGUAAUGUGUAUAUAUAUACAUAUAUAUCAUACUAACUACUUAUAUUAACUUUAAACAUUCAUAUUGUAACAAUUUAUCAUACAGUAGCUGUAUUUUUUCACGUAUUUUGCAUGUGUUUUCUACAAGUUUCUGUAGCCACGUAUACUUGAAACAGUGUUUGUUAGGUGUAAGUUAGCAAUGGUAGCAGCGACUGAUCUCAUGAUUCGCUAGACACCGAGCGAAAUAAUCUUUUGGUAUUGAGAGGGUUUUAAGUACUGUAUAUUUCUCACGCUGGUCAGGGUAAAGUUUCAAAGGAAAUGCUGUCAAAAUUGUUAAACAUGUAAGAUACAUACAUGAAGUGGAAGUGGUGGUAACUAAAUGAAUUGUAAUCCUCCUGCAUCCAAAUUUGGUGUUUUUAAAUACUGAAAAUUGACAUUAGUGGUUGAAAUAUUUAUUUUAAGUGGCAAUUUUAUGCCUUGUAUAAUUCAUUUUUGGUAUGGAUCUGUAACAGGUUAGAUAUGUUUAGUUUUUUAUGUGGUCACACGCAGGUGUGUUUAUGUUAAAGAUAAUGUUUGAUUAGAAAAUAUUGGUUUCUCAAGUGUUUUUUGGACUAGAAUCUUAUUUUAUGUUUAGUACCCCAUCAACCCUCGGCCGAAUGCUUUUUGUUUGCAUUUAUUUUGGCUCAAAAUAUUUGUCCCUCUUACAGUGAGUAACUUUUGUUAAGAAAUGUCCAUUUUUGUAAUUUCUUAGUGUGAUUUUGAACAUUAAGUAAUAUAAAUAUAUAAAUAUAUGAAAUGUUCAAAGAGGUUUUUGUCAAGACUGAUGUAAAAAAGCAAAACUAAAUUCCUUAUUGAACAAACUAACUUGCAUUUGUAAUAUGUCUGUAACCUGCACACUUUCCAUGUUUAUAUAUUGUAUAAAUGGUAAAGCUUAUUAAGGAAAUUAGGUUGUUUUAUACGUAUAUAUAAAUAUGUAUCUCUGUGUAUCAGCCUUCGUUCAUUCCGUGAUUGAAUGUUAAAUUACGCUGAAAUAAAUAUGCCAAAAGCUGCUGAAAUCAAUUAUAGUUUAUGUAUCAUACGUGUUGAAAGAAUAUCACUGGGUUGCAGGUUUUUCUUACUUGUAUAAUAGAUACUGUAUAUGUAAUGUGUAGCUUGUUUGUAUGUGUUUUUAAGAACGUUUUUAACAUUGUAAUGAAUGCUCUCUGUUUAUUUUAUACAUCAGUAUCAAUUUGUUUUUAUACAUCUUAUGAUUAGUUAUAGCUGUGCAUGUCCUGUGUAGCUGGAACUGCAUCAAUAUGGAAAAUGCAUUUAGGAAAUCAUGGUGUAAUUCUGGAUAAAGAGUUUAAAAUCUAGUAUGCAACAAGCAUCUCAAGAAUAUACUUUGUCUCAUUUUGAAUUGUUUCACACUGGCAGAAAAUUAACACUUUGAUGUGUGUUGGAGAAAGUGGCAAGCAACAACCCUACUGUGAAAACCUGUUGCAAUGCUUCUGGUGGAAGGGAGGGAGGGGAAAUAUGCUGUACAGCUCAAAUGGCCACUUAAUAAGGUUUCACUUAACGUGGCUACACAUGAAGAACCCAAAUACAUACCACUCUUAGUUACUAUAAUCAGUGCAUUAUUUCAUUGAGGUUAGGUGAGUAGUGAGAUACAACCUGAUGCUUCCUCCUUGUCACACAAUAGACACUUACACGUUUUGUACUUCAUUUGCAUUGUCACUUGGUAGCUGUGGGACUUUUUUCUUAUUAACUUUUAAUGUUAUAAUUGUAUUAUUGAAAUUCAAAAUUGUGAGUUUUGAUCAGCCUUGAAGUUUGCCAAGCAAGGUGAGAUGGUUCUGAUGUUGGUACUAAUUAAUGUUGAUCAUCAGUUCACAAAUAGCCGAAGCUAAGUUCUAUGCUAAGUUGACUUAAAAUUUAGCCCAGAAGCUUUAUUGCAAGCAGUAUCAAAAUAUUUGAAAUUGCAAGAUGGUGAUGUCUAAUCCCUUAAGUCCUAUUACUAAUUGUCAGAACAAACUGACAACUUGGUGCAACAGUACAGUCCCCAUGUUAACAUAAAAAACUAUUUUACUAUGACAUGACUUUCUUUGCUACCUUAUGUGAUUAGGUAGAUUACCAACAAACAUCUGUGUCUUGAAAUUAUUAAACCAAUAACAUUUGCUAAAAUUUUUGAUCAAUUGCUUCAAAGUUUUUUUUUUUAUUAUUUACUUGCUAUUGAUGUCAGGAAUUGAUUUCGUUUGCAUUGCAGUGGAUCUUUGCAUUGCUUGGAAUAUGUUUGGUAGUAGCACCAAAUUUCAUAAAGCCUAAGAUGUUGGACAAAUGUUGGUGCAGUUCUUGGAUGUUUGCAUGAUGUGUUCCACAUGGACUCAUUUACAGCAAAAGGAUAAAUUAUUGCUUUUUUUUUUUUUUCUAUUGAAGUGUUUGCAUCAUGUAAUAUUUAUUUAAAUGGAUUGACUCUGCGAAGGUUGUAUAGUCCAUUCUGCAGAGCAGUGUAGUUCAUGUGCAUGAACGCUGUCUGCAUUCACUUAGUUGCGGUUUGCUUGCUACCAGCAUUCCUACGCAGCAACGCUCUAGGGUAGUCCUGAUCAAACUGCAUACGAGCAUCUCUAGAUCCAAUGACUUUUCUCUACGAUUUGAUUGUGUCUGACGAGCAGUCUCGAGGUUAACUGUUAUUUUCCAGUUUAUCAAGUCGGCCUGUAGCCCGUUUGCUAUGCCUUUGGUUCAGACUAAAGAAACAUGUGUGAUCACCUGUUACUUUUUUUUUUUUUUUUUUUUACUGAUCAAUGAAAAGUUGCUAAAAAACACAAAUAUGUUAUUUUGCCAAUGAUUUCAAUAAAACAUUAGGGAUUUCAGUAGUCACUGGUUAAAGGCAUUUAAGAAUAAGUGAAAUUGCUUUUUUGUUUGCUUGAGAGAUAUGUCUCUGAAGACGUUGAGUUGGUACUUGGUUGGUGUAGCAGGAACCCCAGCAACGCUCUAGAGGACAGGUGUGUGUGUUUGCUGGUCGCAAGAGCGCGCUGUAGAGCUUGCUGUGAGUGCAGUGGUCAUGGUGGAUGGUUUAUUAUCUUGUAUCUAUAGUGUAACUAGACUAUGUAUAGUGUAAAGUAGUUGACCAAAGUGCUGCUUCUCAUUUUUUUUUUUUUCUCUCCUCGUGCAUGCUCUUUUUGGUUGCGUAAGUACAUAUUUAUUUGGAUUUGGUAGUUGCUGUAAUUGGCCAUGAGAAAGUUUAAGUAAACUCCUUCGAAAUUGACUAAACAUAGUUAUCCAAAAAGUGAAGUAUCUACAAUUAUUGAACAAUUAAAUUUUUUGUUUAAAAUUCUUGUGUAUCAUGUAUUUUAUUUUAAAGGUGGAUUAGAAACAUUCUGCGUAGCUACUUUUCACUUUGACUAUGUUUUGAGUUCUUUAUUUUACAGCUGUAUGGUAGUAUUUAUUAUAUGGUUAAAGCAGAGCAUUAAUGAUAAAAGCAACCUUGAGUGCGUGAAAGGAGCGGAGCGGCAACAGUACACGUUCUUGCCCGUCUAACUUGUUUUAUAUUUGCAUAAUGUUGAAUUUAUUCAUGUAGAAAAUUAAAACAAACGUAACUUGUAUAUGGUUGUACAAAUGUAACAGUUUUUGUGAGAAUAAUAAAACUUUCUGUAUUGA